AUGACAAAAGUGAAAACUCAGCAAUCCGAUCGCGAGAAGAAGAAGUUGCAGGUCGGUAGUAGCAGCACCGUGAACGUAAAUAGUAAUAAUCGAAUGGCGAAAGCGAAUCAGACGCCAUCUCUUGCAAUAAACCAGCAAAGAAAUGAUCUCUCAAGUUGUUUAGGCAGAUCAGUGAAGUUGGAACCGAAUCUUAACUUGACCACUAAUAAUUUUUCUUAUCCAGCGAUGCGCUAUGCUACAGAUGAGGAGCGUCCUGGCGUUGCUCAGCAGUUGGCUGAAAUUAGGGCUCUUGAAAAGUAUUUCAGUGAAAGUCCCUUAAGCAACUCUUCUUAUUGCUCAUCUUUAAAUGGCUUUUCAAGAUCCACUUCUCUGAGUGAUUUGAAAGGUGAAUUAGAUAUUUAUUUAAACGGGACGAUAGCAGAUCCACUACCAAACGACAUCCUCGGCUUGCCACCCGAAAGCUCUCGAGAAAUGCAAACAUUUCACUGCACAGACCCAAAGCUAGAAAACUUUCAAAGUUAUUUAAACAGCGAUGAGUAUUUUGAUGCAUUGGAUCAGUCGAUUGGAGCAAACAGUUGGAAGAGCCCCACGUGCAAAGAUGGAAGAAUGGACGAUGGUGCUUCCGGUAGCAACACUAACAACUUAAUCAAUCAAAACAUAUGUAGCAACAACAAUAACAAAAGCAACCCUAAUGUAUACAUGGUAAAUAAUCAAAUGAAGGUUUCAAAUAAUGCUUGCUACAACGACUUGGACACAGACUUCUCGGCAAAUUGCAUGAAUAAAUCGACUCUGGAUGUUAAUUCAAAGUCAUUCAAUGAUAGCAUGGAGUGCCAAAGUAUAAUAAGACCUGGUUCUGCCAACUUUUUUAAAGAAAAAAUGGACUCAGACGAUGUCCAGAUAAUUAACACUCAGGGAUUGAAUGAUGAAAACAACAACAACAACAAACUUGCUCUAAAACACCAAGCUCAAAAUAUGAAUGUACAACAACAACAACAACAUCUGCAACAACAUCAGCAACAUCAACAACAAGAACUUAUGUAUCGACAACAACAAAUGCAACAGCUUCAGUACCAGCAGCAGCAACAGCAAAUGUUCAGGCAAAGAGCCAUGCAGAAUAACAUAGGCCAUGCUAGCAUGGGCAAUUUCAACUUUAAUAACAAUAAUAAUAAUAACACCCAAAAUAAUAAUAAUAAUAGCAUUAAUAAUGUUAAUUACAACAACAACAAUAAUAAUUGUUUGGAUCCAUCGGUAAAAAUUAAACAAGAGAUUGUUGAUCCAGCAUUGAAAAUCACAAACUGCAGCAACAACAACAGUAACAACAACAAUAUUAAUGACGGCCAACAGAAUUUUUUGCCACCAUUCUCUGUGUCUCCUUCACCAUCCAAAAACACCAAUAACAACAACAACAAAAACAGCAACAGUAAUGUAAACAACAACAUCAACAGUAAUGUAAACAACAACAUCAGCAGUAUUGCAAACAAUAACAUCAACAGUAAUGCAAACAAUAACAUCAACAGUAAUGUUAAUAACUACAGCAUCAAUAGGGCUAACAUCGGCACUUCGAGUAUUAUGUCACCACCAUCCUCUACAGCAGUCAUGAGCAACAAAAACACUGCCUCUCAUGAUUUGGACAGUAGUAUCCACAAUCCAAAAACUUCAGUCAAUCUCCAACAACAACAGCAGCAGCAACAACAACAAUUUCAACAACAUCAACAACAGAUUAGUGGCAAAAGAAAACGAGAAGAUACACCCUUCUGUGGUCCUGAACCUGUGGAGCCGUGCAACAAUGCCAUGUUUACUGCCCCAUCACCAAGGGCCUUCAACUCUCCUAAUUUCAACAACAAAAUUAGUGAAGGAACUUCUGGGGAUUUCAUGCUGUCCGAUGUUCAAGGUCUGCCUAUAACCAGACAAAUUAAUGAGUCAUUUGUCGAGGCUCCUGCUUCAGUUACAGCAAAACGACAAACAAAACGUAGGAAGAAAAGUGAUCCGAAGGCAGACACCAAACAGAAAUCCGACAACUUCAAUGUUCCCACCCCGACUCCCAGUCCAUAUUCAAACAUGCCCGGAUCUGUCAGCAGUGUUUGCAGUACGCCCAACCUUAGUCAACAAAUGAAUGACAUCACCAAUAAUAAUAAUAAUAAUAUGGCGGCCUCUAACAAGUCCCAACAAUCUAACAAUAGUUCAUUCAGUGAAGACCCAAUUCAAAGGCCUCCUUCUAUUUUGUCUAUGCCUAAUUUGAGUUGUUAUGGCGGACCGAGAUCUAACCACUCUGUGAGAUCCAAUCACGAUGAUGCUGAUGGUCCUCCGCACAAUCCAAUGAUGCUGAACAGAUCGAAUUCUUUGGGUCCUAGUCAGUCUAGUGGAAAGCAGUUGUCUGCUGCUGGCAACAUUGCCAGCAGUUUGAAUAAUGUGAGUAACUGCAGUUUCAGUUCAAACAAGAGUUGUGAUGACAGGAGUUUUCAUGCAUGUGAUAAUAAUGCUGUCAAUAAACCGAUGACACCCAUGCAAGAUGUACAACUGCAGCCUGAAAACUCUGCUCCUAAUUUUAGUGCGAUGUCACAGAGUCCAUCAAAUAUGAUGCAACAACAGCAACAACAUUUUGCUUAUCAAAGGGCCCAGUUACAAUCACCUCCAUUUAGUAACGUUGCAAUUCAGAGUCCUCUCGGCGCCAACAACAUCCAACAACAGCAGCAGCAACAGAUGAUGAUGAUGAUGCAACAACAAAAUUUAAUACAGCAGCAGCGAAAACAACAAUCUCCAUUCAACAGUGCCCCAGUCAGCAGUCUGAACAGUGCUUGCCAGCAAGGGACACAACCACAAGGUGCUAAAAAAACGGCAAUGCAACAACUUGAUGACCCCAAUUUUGUACUAAGAUUAAUGGAUCGUGAUGAACGAGCACUUCAUAAGUUAGAAAUGACUACUGCACUCCAACCAUCUCCAUCCAAAGUUUGCAAGGCCCAGGUAAGUCCAGAGACUCCAAAUACAAUACAGUACAUGCCAAGCUCUGAAAUGAGUGCGACAUCCCGGAUGAUGAUGAUGAGCAGACAGCACAAUGAUCAGAGGAAGAUGAUGAUGAUGAUGAACAGUGGUGUUGAUGAUAGUUGCAUGAUGUCUGCCGCCUCUCCGGGGAUGAGUAUGGUGGACCCGCGAAUGAUGUCAGGCUCCCCAUUCAACAACAUCACUCACGAAGAUAAGUUACGACUGGUCGAUCAGCAGCAACUCGAAUCAAGCAUCAAGGGCUUGAAUAGUUUAGGCGACAGUAACAGCAGCAACAUUAAUAACAGUAAUAAAAUGCAGAUGACGGCAACUUCCAUGCAUUCUAGUGAUUUCAGACGUGGUGCAUCCAACUACCAGAUGAUGUAUCCCAAUCGAAUGAAUGGCUACUGUUCCUCCAACCAGUACGGCUACCCAGUUCAAAUGUACCCUAGCGACUACCCAUACGUGGAUGAUAUGAGCAGGCAGCGAAUGAUGAGGCCGAUGAUGAUGGACGACCGGAUGAUGAUGAUGCAGAACGGUGCCAAACAGCAAAUGCAUGCCUGCUAUGCAAACGGUUACAUGGGCAGUCGAAAUGUCGCUAGCAUUGACCCUCGCAUGCGAAUGUACAUGGCAGAUCCGUCGCAUGCUACUAGGAAUCCCAUGUGCUACAUCGACGGUCGACCGACCUGCGAAGUUCCUAUGCUACAACCUGGUAGUGUGAUUAGGGCGGGUGGCAACAUCGGCAUGUUGGUUUCUCAAGAAGGAGUGCGCAUGGACGGGGAGGCCUUCCUGAAGCAGCAAGAAAAAAACGCCAUGAUGAAACAGUCUGCAGCUGCUGGCAUGCCUAAGGGGGGCAUGUACGAUGACCGAAUGACUGCUGAUUUCAAUCGAUGCUCCUCCACCCGACACCCCAACAUGCAACAGCAGCAAGAAAUGUCCAUGAUGUUCCAGCAGAGGAUGAUGAUGAUGAUGAAGAACAAAGCUCAAACUGCUCAACUAUCACCUCAGCAGAUGAGCAUGAUGCAGCAGCAACAAAUGAUGCAACAACAACAACACUUGCAGCAGCAACAACUACAGCAACAACAAUUACAACAACAACAAUUACAUCAACAACAAUUACAUCAACAACAGAGAAUGAUGAUGAUGAGCCAACAAUGCAUGCCGUCAUCUCACGAUGUAUACCCAUGUCAAAAUACCUCUUCUGAUAUGAUGAUGAUGAGGAGGAACAGUCUCCAAGUCUCUGGCAACACCAACUCCAUGUCUCAACAAUCUUCUGCAACAGCCGCUGCUAGCAACAAUAACGUUAACAGUAACAACAACAACACUCCAUUAUACAACAUGUUAAGAACUAGUCAUAUAGCAGAUGGGAAUAUUUGA